AUGUAUCGAUUAGUUAUAUUGCUUAUUUUAAAUUUCGCUAAAGCGAGACUUUUCUGCGAGAAGACUAAGAUGCCCUUGGAAGUUGGAGAGUGGAGUCAUCAAAUGAAGCGCAUGGACUCGGCAGUUGUAGAAAAUCGGCCGGUUUCCAUUAAUGAAGGACAAAUAUAUGUUUACGAGAACAAUUUCCCGGGUUAUAUUAUCAAAUACAUCCACGUGGACAACGUGGCUAUAAGGUCGUGCGGAGCCAGCGCUGAUAUAAAGAAAGGCGGAGUGGGUUCGUCUUCUGUACUCAUAGUACUGCAUGCUGCCACCAACGAAGAAAUACGAUCCGUAAUAGAUAUAUGGGGAAUAAAGAGCAUGGACACACCGAAAACCACGAAGCCGAUGAUCCUUGACGAAAACAUUGACAAUAUGAAAUCGCUGUAUCUGUUUCAGAAACUUCGAGCGGUUAACCAUAACAAAGGGCGACAUUCAACUGUUUUAUAUAAAUAA